UAAUGGAAUUAGAUGAGUGGAGGAGAAUCGAUAUUAUAAGACAUCAUAUGGCAGCAUUAAGUUUCCUAAGAAGAAUAUCAAGUUCGGAAAUACCAACCCACACAACCCAUAAGAAUAGUAGAAACAGUUUUGCUAAUACUAGGAAUAAAGCUAGCCUGAAAAAGCAAGAUUUUGCCAUAUCCUCAAAUAGCAAAACUAAUGAAAGGGCCUCUAUGCAGAAAUUUGACAUUCAGAAAUAUGUAGAAAAUACCCAUAGAAAGAAAAUAAUCUCAAUUUGUAAAGAGUCAUUUUCUGAUAAUUUGUUCUUAUUACGUUUCAAAGCAGGAGAGCUAUAUGAAAAUGAAAUAUCAUAUGAGCGUUAUUUAGAUUUAAAUAAAGGAGGCAAUAAUUUAGUUGAUUCAAAGCACAAGCAAACACUCUCUUUGGUUUCUUGCAAUGAACAUAAAAUUGCUCCUAUCGAUGAUCUUAAAUUAAAUACCAAUGCCUAUUAUAUCAACAAUGUUAAUAAAAAUGAUUUGGUUGAUUCAAGUUGCAACAAUAAACUGAACUCAAACUCAUUUCACAAUAUAUUACAAGAGACUCAUUAUAACCUAGCUUUAUCGCCAAAAAAAUUCUUCAAAAAUGAAAUAUUUUUUAUCAAUAAUACCUUGAUGUCAGAUUCUAAGGAUGAAAAUUUGAUCGCGAGCAACAACUAUGAACUGAUUCCACUCAAUGAUCUAAAUAAACAUUUUCCCGAUUCACAGCUUUUAAAUUAUUCCGAAGAUCUCUACGAGCGCUUUUAUUCCCAAACAGGUAACACGUCAUCUUUUCUCUCAACGUCAAACAAAUUCGAAAAAGAAUGGAAGAAGAAAAUUAACGAGGAAUUCAAAAAACAAUUCCCCUCCAUAAAUAUAACCCUUACUAAAUUUAUCAGCUUGAAGCGAGAAAUGAAGAAAGUCGUCCUGACCGAUUGCAAAUUCGAUCCUAUAAUUUUGGCCUACGCGUUUUCUUAUUUCGACCAAUUGGUGACCGAGGGUUGGACCAAUAAGUACAAUCGCAAAAUGUGUUGCUCCGUAUGCAUAAUAUUUGCUUCCAAGAUGCACGACAUAAAAGGCGAACAACUUAAAGAACUUCUCGAGGAAUUAGAAAAUACUUUCAGAUUGGAUAAGAACGAGAUAUUAUCUUACGAAAUGCCAUGUCUUAUUGCCCUCAAGUUUUUGCUCCAUUUACCCCGUCAUAUAGUUAUGAUGCAUUUCGACAAAAUUAUGUCACAUGAACAUUCUAUUAUUUAAAUUAUUUUAUUGUGUCAAUUAGUAAUUUAUUUAUUUAUUUUUUACAUAUUAUUUUUCAAUAAUAAUUUUUAUAUACGAGAAUGAUUUGUUAUCCAUAAUUCAAGAUUUGUAUUUAAAAAUUCUCUCAGGAUAUCGAAUAAAUUUUUAAAAUAUUUAUUGCUAUAUUUAAUUUGUCUAAUAUUUUGUAA